AACAGUUUGCGUGCAUCAUUGCCUGCCCGGCAACGACCCGCUCUAUGGUUUGGUGAGUGGCACGAAAGAGGCCAUGAUUCCUUCCAUUCCGGAGUCGAAUAUUCUCUCAGAGAAGGAGGCUGCAGAGGCGCUCAAGAAGUUCGUGAGAAAGAACAGGAAUCCUGACAGAGGAAAAUUCAUGAGCAUGCCUACGCCAGUGGUUCUAACCCCUGUGGACCUCGAAGACGAGAUUUCAACCGAGAUUCCGACAUCAUCAAUAACACUUCCUGGCACAGCAGGUUUUAACUUGGAUGACCAGGUACCAACUGAACUGGCAGAUAAAUUUUCCAAGUUCGACAUUUUCGACACCAUCGAUGAGGAGCGCAUGAAAGAGUUUGAGGCUGCUGCAGAGCGAAGUUGUGCUGAAUCCAAUUAUAAGGAGCACAAGGCCAAGAGCAAAAAGCUCGACCCCAACAAGUUCACGUCGGUUUCAGUCGUGCAGCGAAGAGAAGAUGGACACAGUGUGAUGACAUGAGAUCCAUGCCAACAGGUGGUCAGGCUGUGACGGUUGGGACAUGCUGGGAACUAUUUGCCUUGCUUGCCCUGUUUUAAAGGUCGCUCAAAAGGAUUUUGCCGUCGUUCCUUGUCUGCAAUGUGCCUUCGGCACAAUUCCCUGAGCCUGAUGUCACUAGUAACUAGUGCAAGGCCGCUGGAGAAUCGGAUGCAAUCAUCCGGCCAGCCCAAUAUGGGAAAGAGGAUAGGAACAGGUUGCUCACCUCCAUCGCUUGAUUGAAAGUUUCUGGAGCAACGCGUAGGACAGUUCAUUAAGUAAAGAUCUUACAGCUUCCAAUUAAGUUUCACCUCAGAGACCACUUAGUCGCAACAAGCAAGUUGCACAGCUUAAGGCUGCGAAAUAGUUAAACAGUGGCUCGAACUCCAAGAUAUACUUUUUUUUGGGGCGCUCAACCGACUCGUACCAUGUCCUAUGAUUUCUACCUGUUCCAGUUUAAUGUCGUAUUGUUUCUAAUAGCGUCUUGUUACUACUAGUAAGGCACUUGUUACUAGAAGCGAUGCACUUGUUACUACUAGCGUGGCACUUGUUACUACUAGGAGAGAACCAACGCUGUUUGCCGUAUCCUUUCUCGCACUUGUGCCUUUUCGGCUCAAAGACCGUGGGAAGUCCACGGGAA